AUGGAACGCUUGAAGAGGGUUUUCAGAAGAGGAUCUGUUUGCUCCUCUCCAUCCUGUUCAAUCUCCUCAUCAUCAUGUCAUUCCUAUUCCUCUGAUCUUUUCUCUUCACUCGAUCGAUCGCAAUUCAUUUGUCGUCCAUCUCUUCCAUCAUCCUCCACCACUUCGUCGAUGAUCUUUCCGAGAAUGGAAGCUGGGAUCUUUCCCCGUCCCGAAGCAUCAAUUGGUGUCCAUCCAGUAAAUGGUUUUGAUGACAGUGCAUCUGAUAUCUCAGAGUUUCUCAUUUUAACUGAAUUGAUGCCAAAGUAUAAGAAGAAAAGUAAACGAAGCACUGACGGGCACAGUACAACUGCUUCUAGAAGAUCCAACGCUUCAUCCCUUGUUCGGAAGCGUUUAUCAAUCGUUGAACCCGAUGCUUCAUCUUUUGUUUUCUUUGAUGCCGAUGAGUACAGCCGAGCUCCACCAUUACCAAAAACGAUGUUAAGGAGAGUGCCGAGUCGAUCAAUUCUAAAGAAACAAAAUCCAGCGAAUAUCUAUGAGGAGAUUGUAGAUGAUUGUGUAACUCCAUUGCCGGAUGUUAGACCACAGCUACCAGCUCGUCCCGAAGUGCACUCAUUGCGGCUCUUCCCCCCUUGCACACUCUUCCAACCAAGAGCUCACUUAUCAGAGAAUCACUCAAAAUACCCUGAACAACUUAAACGUAAAAAGUUGCCCAGCCUACACCAUCGACGCGCCAAUCUGCGACUAAUCGAGUUU